AUCCAUCAACCUUGCUUCUUCAAUUUUCUGUUUCUUUCAUCGUUUCAAACGAUUCAUUCAUUUUUAAUCUUUUUGUGUCCCAAACGGCAUUGUUUGAUGCUAAUCCGUAUACAGUCACAUUUGUUUCUGAUUUUGGACUUUGUUUUUUAUCAACACAUCUCUUCAAUUUGAUUUUUUGGUGUUUGUGUAAUCGAUUUUAGUAUUUUUAAUCACUCAUAAAUUCCAGAUUCGAUGAGAUAUGGAGAAAUUAUUGGUUUUGUUUCGAGGGAUUUUUUAUUUUAGUAUUAUAAAAAGAGGGGAUUUUGAUGCUAGAAUGAUGAAUAUAGAGAAAGCUUACAAUUUGGAAUAAAAAGGUAGCCGGUGAACAUGGAGGGCGGCGUUGUUAAACCGGAUAAAACAGCGUUCACGGAUUGCUGGCGAAUAUCAUGGCAGAAACCUUAUAUUAUGAGGCUUGCCUUCUCAGCUGGUCUUGGAGGCCUAUUGUUUGGUUAUGAUACAGGUGUUAUUUCUGGAGCCUUGCUCUAUAUUCGCGAGGACUUUACAGCUGUCGAAAAGAAGACAUGGUUGCAGGAAACAAUAGUUAGCAUGGCUGUAGCCGGUGCUAUUGUUGGUGCUGGAUUCGGUGGUGUAUUAAACGACAAGUAUGGGCGAAAGAAAUCAAUUAUGUUGGCUGAUAUACUGUUUUUUAUUGGUGCCAUUGUUAUGGCUUUCUCUGUAGCUCCUUGGAUGAUAAUCCUGGGAAGAAUUUUUGUUGGCCUUGGUGUCGGGAUGGCGUCCAUGACGUCGCCACUUUAUAUCUCGGAAGCAUCACCGGCUAGAAUCAGGGGAGCACUUGUCAGCACCAAUGGCCUCCUGAUCACAGGAGGACAAUUCUUGUCAUAUCUCAUCAAUCUGGCAUUCACCAAUGCACCAGGAACGUGGCGAUGGAUGCUCGGUAUAGCUGGACUUCCGGCCCUCCUUCAGUUUUUCCUAAUGCUGUCACUUCCCGAGUCUCCUAGAUGGUUAUAUCGGCAGGGAAAUGUGAAAGAAGCUAGGGGCAUUUUGGAGAAAAUCUACCCUGCAGAUGAAGUUGAAGACGAGAUGAAGGCUUUGGAGACAUCGGUCGAGGCUGAGAAGGCGGAUGAAGGUUCCAUGGGAGACACUCUAAUUGCAAAGAUGAAGCACAUUUGGGGUAACGACGUGGUGCGUAGAGGGCUGUACGCAGGCGUGACUGUGCAGGUGGCUCAACAGUUUGUAGGCAUAAACACGGUGAUGUACUACAGUCCCACUAUAGUCCAGUUCGCAGGGUUUGCUUCGAAGCAGACAGCCAUGGCGCUGUCUCUCAUCACCUCCGGCCUAAACGCAGUCGGGUCCAUCGGGAGCAUGUUCACCGUGGACAGAUAUGGGAGGAGAAAGCUGAUGAUCAUAUCAAUGUUUGGAAUCAUAAGCUGCCUCGUCGUGCUGGCUGCCCUAUUCCACCAGGCCUCCGAGCACGCCCCGCCUGUCACUAGCCUCGAGUCUCUUCACUUUGGCGCGAACGCCACAUGUUAUAAAUAUGUCCAGGCCUCCCAGCCAUCAAACUGGAACUGCAUGACUUGCCUCAAAUCCUCCUCUGACUGCGCCUUCUGUGCUAACGGAAAAUAUCGUGCGGGAGCAUGCUUGGGCGUGACGGACGCAGUAAAAGGCAUGUGUGGGGCGGAACAUCGGACGUGGUACACGCAAGGUUGUCCGAGCAAGUUUGGGAUAUACACAGUGCUUCUGUUGGGUUUGUACAUCAUAGCUUACUCACCCGGAAUGGGAACUGUGCCGUGGAUCGUCAACUCAGAGAUAUAUCCUCUAAAAUACAGAGGCAUCGGAGGGGGGAUCGCAGCAGUAUCGAAUUGGGUGUCAAAUCUCAUUGUGAGCGAGACCUUCUUGACUCUGACAGAAACGCUUGGUCCGGCGGCCACAUUCCUGUUGUUUGCGGGAUUUUCGGCUAUCGGACUCGUAGCCAUAUAUUUCCUGGUACCUGAGACCAAGGGGCUGCAGUUCGAGGAAGUGGAGAAGAUGCUGCAAAAGGGUUUCAGACCCAAGCUAUGUUGCUCUUCCAAGGAUGAAGGCGACGCGGUUGAACGCAACUAGUUUGUGUUUAUUAUGCUUUAACUUUCUACUAGUGUGAUAUAUUUAUGCCCACCAAGUGCUUAUAAGUUUGAUAGAUUUGCAUUAUCAUGA